CCAUCUUUCUACCGGCAUCACUUCAGGUGGAGACACAGAUGACUGAGCAGGAAGUCACUUUCCCAACUGUGAGAUUCCAUAAGUCUUCAGUGUUGAAGAACCAGGUGAGGCUUGAAGGGACUCAGAAGCCUAGAAAAGCUGGCUUCAAAGUGUGUUCAGUCCCUUGGCAGCUCAUUGUGACAGCUCUCGGGAUCCUCUGUUCCCUUCGGCUGGUAAUUAUUGCAGUGCUUGUGACAAAGAUUUUUCAGUAUAGUCAACACAAACAAGAAAUACACGAAACUCUAAACCACAACCAUAAUUGUAAUAACAUGCAAAGUGACAUCAACUUAAAGGAAGAAAUGUUGAGAAAUAAGUCUAUAGAUUGCAGUCCAGGCGAGGAACUUCUGGAAUCCCUCAACAGAGAACAGAAAAGAUGGUACAGUGAAACCAAGACAGAUUUAGAUUCCUCACAAGACACAGGGACAGGUGUUAAAUACUGGUUCUGCUAUGGUAUUAAAUGUUUUUAUUUCAUCAUGAGCAAAAAUACCUGGAGUGGAUGUAAACAGAACUGCCAGAAUAACAGAUUACCCCUUGUGAAGAUAGAAGAUGAAGAUGAACUGAAAUUCCUUCAGUUCCAGGUUAUUUCAGACAGUUACUGGAUUGGAUUGUCAUAUGAUAAGAAAAAAAGGCAAUGGGCAUGGAUUGACAAUGGCCCAUCUAAACUUGACAUGAAAAUAAGGAAAAUGAACUUUAAGCCUGGAGGAUGUGUAUUUUUAUCUAAAACAAGACUAGAAGAUACUCACUGUAGUAAUUCCUACUACUGUAUUUGUGGGAAGAAACUGGAUAAAUUCCCUCAUUAA